AUGUCGACCUCAAGGGACUGGUCAAAGCUCCCAGUCUCCAAGGGGACCCAUCACUUCAUCGAGGAGAUGGGGUUCAAGCGCAUGACGCCUGUGCAAGCAAUAGCGAUCCCCCUGGUGCUUAAGCAGAGGGAUGUGGCUGUGGAGGCCUGCACUGGUUCUGGGAAGACCCUCGCGUAUCUUAUUCCAACAUAUGAACUUCUAUGUCGCACCGUCGAGGGCGAUGGAGUCAGCCGAAAACCUGGCGACACACUCGCUAUCGGGGCUCUGAUCAUCGCGCCCACCCGCGAGCUGGCAACACAGAUCCACGAGGUUUUUGGAUCGUACCUUACGGCAGCCGCCAAGGCUGACGAUGGCCUUUGCAGUCAACUCGGUAGACAGCUGUGCAUUGGAGGGUCUGAUGCCAAAGCAGCUGCAGCUGCUUUGCGGAGAGCAGCCGUUUUGGAGGAGGGCGAGCCAAAAUUACAUUUGAUUUCGGCUACGCCGGGAAGGCUGCGAGCGCUUCUGUCCCUUUCUAACAGCCCCUUGAACCUCAAAGCUUUGGAGUUUCUGGUGUUUGAUGAGGCAGACAGAUUGCUUCAGUUGGGGUUCUCCGUGGAUGUAGAGGCUGUUUUGUCCGCUGUGCCGAAACAGCGAAGAACUGGUCUGUUCAGUGCAACGCUCACUACUGAGCUGCAGCGCAUAAUGAAGACAGGGAUGCGCAACCCUGUGCAUGUGUGUGUUCGACUAAAGCGUACCGGACACGAAAGCCUGCCUCAGAUCAAGGCGUGCAAGAAAGGUCCAGAAGCCAUUGCCGACGGAGAAGUGGAAGACUCGGAGAGGGAGAAGGCCUCUCCGGAAAAGGAAAGUCGCCCGCCGCCUUCCUCCGGCCACGAGCUGCCAACGAAACUGAGCAACUAUUUCUUGCAGAUUCCUGCUCCAGAAAGGCUCGGUUUUUUGCGGCAUUUUUUGCGUGCGCCAGAAGUUCGUGGUGGCAAGACUAUUAUUUUCUUUCUGACAUGUGCGACGGUGGACUACUUUCAUGUUCUCCUGCGCGACCUUGUGGAUGGUAGGAGCGGAGCAAAGCGAAAGAAGCAAGCACCCCCAAAGUUUCGAAUAGAAAAGCUCCAUGGACAGAUGGAGCCAACUGCUCGAGCAAGAGCUUACGAGAAGUUUUGCAAGAGCCCAGCACAGGAUGGAGCAGUUUUGCUUGCCACGGAUGUUGCAGCAAGGGGUAUCGAUGUUGAUGCAGUCAACUGGAUUCUACAGGUUGAUCCACCAACAGAUCCAGCGGCCUUUGUUCAUCGUAUCGGGAGAACGGCUCGUGCCGGACAGAGCGGAAGAGCUGUCGUCCUGUUGCUUCCACACGAGGAUGGAUACUUACCGUUCCUGGAGAAGCGUGGCGUCAGAUUCGAAGAGUUGCCUCAGGUGCUGCAACAGCCUCCCAACGUCCAGGAGGGUUGGGCUGAAACGAUGCUCAGAUGCAAGCGCAUCGUGGAGACAGACAGAGCUGCUAUGCUCAAGUCUACCAAGGCUUUCCUGUCUUUCAUCCGCGCAUACCAGGAGCAUCAGCUUCCAUACCUGUUUCCUUUCAAGAGCCUGGACAUAGGCAGUCUGGCAACUGGCUACUGCCUACUCAGACUGCCCCGGAUUAAAGAGAUCUUGGGAAAGCACGUGAAGGGAUUCCAGCAGAGUGACGUCGAUCCCACAGAGGUGCCUUUCCGAAAUGUGAAGCAGGAGAAGUUGCGGAAGGACAAACUGGCAAGGCAGCGGGAAGAACAGGAGCAGAACAAGGAGGAGAUGAAAAAGGCGCAGCUUGCCAAGGCCAGACAAGCCAUGAAGGAUGCAGCCAAGGCUGAAAAAGAAAGAACCAGGCCAAUCCUGGAGUCGCAAAGCCUGUCAGAGCUUUAUUUCGUUUCUUGCUUCAUCUGUGUUGCUCGCUGCGCAACAGAUACAGUGAGGACACAGAAGCGGCAAGCCAAGCGCAACGAGAAAGCAGAGCAGUGGAGGGCGCUCGCAGCCGAGGAGCUAACCUGUGACAAAGCCCACAAAUGUCGACAUUCCGUGUGCAUACAGGAAUGCCUGGCCAAGAAGCUGCGAAAGGGCAAGAUCUCAGCCACGCAGUUCGAGACACGACCCUAG